CUGUUAGGACCGUUGUUCCUGACUCCUCAAUGACCGGUUCUUCUGAUUCAACGGAGUCACCUGAGAAUCAAACACUGCUGACCGGUGUUGAGCGAGCGAAGUUUCCUGCUUUCAGACUGAAAAAGCGCACUCUACUCUCUGAUAGAAUUACCAGCACCCCAAUCAAGGAUGUGGAGAUGUUCCUCCGCAUUCCAGACUACAUCGUCGACGACCAGUCGUACGUGACUGUGUAUGAAACCACAAAUACUUUUCAAGCAUCUUUGGCCAUGUCGUCGUUUAGUGAAACAGAUGUAUCAGUCUCAGCGUCCGGGUCCGCUUUUGGUUUCAGCGCAGAGGGUUCAGCCAGUUACAAACAAUCAGGCGGCGACUCAACCAAUGCUGCAACUACGAAAGCUUCAAAACAGAUAAUUCUCGCUUACAAUUUUCCUCGAGUCACAGACUUGUUAGACAAACACAGCAUCGGACUCACUCCGGAGUGCGAGAAAGCCUUGGAAAAAGUGGAUAAUAUCGAAUCGCUGACCAAGUUCCUCGACAAAUAUGGGGAGUUCUAUAGCCGGCGGGUUCAACUGGGAGGAAGACUCUUCACUUCGGAAGAGGUUGAUGAAACCUCAGGUGAAACCAGCAAGGCAUUGAAAAGAUCCAUGAAAGCGGCCGCUUCAGUGUCCUUCAGCGGGUCAGGGGCCGUUGCUUCCUUCGGUGGCUCAGCAUCUGUUUCUCACGCUGCGGACUCCAGUUCGAACAACUCGAGCAUGAAUGCAAACUUACUGCAUACCCAAACCUGGCAAGCUAAUGGUGGAGACACCCUGUUAUGUAACGAUCCCCGUGCCUGGGCUGCAUCGGUUGCAUACCAUUGGAAUUGGAGGAUCACCAUGCGUGAUCAUGUAUGCCAUAUACUCGAUGUGAUCGGUGAAAUGCCGGGCUGGGAAGAUCUGCCGGCCAACGUCAAGAAAUGGACGGCAAAAAUGACGCCUCCUACGCCCAUUAAACCGCAAGAGUUCUACCUGAACUUGGACGGAGUUGAAAAUGGUCGCUAUCUUCUUACCUGCGAUAAGAAAAUCAAAAACCUAGAGGAUGCUGCUGCGUUGUUUGACGCGGAUACCACCGUCAAUGACAAGAGGAUUCCCAUUCCCCAUAAAUAUCUCGACAUAGGCGCUGCAUUACUUGGGCCAAUCAAGAAAGAGCGAAACACGGAGGACCUUGCAUUCAUCUUAAAGACGAAGAAAGGAGGACCAGUGAGUGAGCCGCUCUACAAUACGGAAUACCGUAUCUGGAACCCAAAAUCUCAACUCUAUUUGUCAUUCGACUUUCACAGUCGUGGUGACGCGUUCAAAAAUCCUUACUUCCCAAGACAUGAGUGGAGGUUUCUUUGCACAAAAGAUACCACCCCUGAGACUAUUUUUGUGUUUCGCGACAGUUCGAAGCUUGACGAUGACCAGAACGAAUCCCCCAUUCUGGACAAGGCUUCCAUCUGCAUACGUGCCAAAGAGAGCCCGAAAAGAAUUGUGAGCUACUGGGUUUGCCAAUGUGGUAGCGACAAAGGCGAAUUCGUCGCUCUUGAAGUCAAUAACGGAAGCAUCAAGCCGCUGGCGUUUAUUUUCACGAAGAAGAAUGGUUAG